UUCUAGUUUCCCAAUAAUCUAAUUGUGUGCCGAAAACUAUCAGGACUUAGAUAAUUGAAAGCAAAGGUUCAGUUAUUCCAGCCUUGCAAUUCCAGAAAGCGGAUGAUUUAACCCAAGUUGUUUCCGGUGUUAAAGCCAUUUAUCUGGUGUAUGUACAGUUGCAUCUAUAGUUGCUAUUUGCAAGAUUCAGAGAAGACCUCCUGAUCGCCUGAAAGAAAGCAAGAGAAAAGAUGAAAUUCUUGAUCUCCCUUACGGUGCUAUGGACCUUGUUGAUGUGGAAAACUGCUCAUGCGUGUUGCAACUGCAACCAAAAAAUAUUUCCCAGGAGCUGCAACAGUCUAUUGCCUAAGACACCGAGCGGUGUUUACAAAAUCCAGCCCCUGCCUAAACAAGACCCCAUUUUUGUGUACUGCGAGAUGUCACCUGGAGUUAUUGGCGAACACAAUCGCCACUUCAACUUUCUUCCUCGCAGUAUCACUCGUCGACCUGAUGCCCAGCAAAUCAUCAACGCCCUCUUUACCGACAAGAAGAAUGUCCUGAUUAAGUUGCAGAAAAAGGUCGAUCGCAGCGAAGCCUACACUUUGAUCGAGCCUCAUCCAGAUUUUGCCCACGUUCAAUUCCGAUUAUUGGUCAACAGUCACUCUGGUUUCACGAGUCCACAGAAUUCUUUCAUGAGAGACUAUCUCUUCUUCGGAGUUCUCCCUGCAUCGAUUGCUCGACAGAGAAACCUCCAAGGCUUCAAAUCCAACGGGCACCGCGUCCAGUUUAGAAACUGCGACGCAAAUCCAAACAGCUUGUUCGCUUUCAUGCCAAACCAUGAUCUGCAGACACCAAGUAGCUACCAUCCAAAUCUGGUUUACGAAAGGACAGGCGUUGCUGUGGACUGGCGUAAAACCGCUAAGCAGAUCACGAGUCCUGAUCGCAUGAUGCCAAAUGAUUACUUCUUCUUGACAGAAUUGCACUUUGGGGGCUGUGGCUGUUACACAUCCAGUGACCGUUGGAGUAAAUUUGGCUUUCAUGCGUCUGCGAUUGGAAUUCGCUAAAACUGUUUCAUUCGUCACAGUUUCAGCUGCAGGAAUAUUCUCGGUCCUACUUUUCGUUAUUUCGCUAUUUGCUAAUUAGUGUAUGUUAACCGUAGCUAUACCACUUUGUAACUGUUUCAUUACAGCAAUCUUGCGCGAAUAAAAGUUUUUGCUCGUUA